AUGACAUCCUCCUCCAAUCACACCAAUCUUAGAGACAUCUGGUACACCAUGAUAGGGAUCCCAGGGCUGGAAGAUGCACAUGUGUGGAUCUCCAUCCCUAUAUGUUCCAUGUAUUUAGUUGCCAUUGUAGGCAACACCCUGCUGUUGUUCCUAAUCCUCACUGAGCACAGGCUUCAUGAACCCAUGUACUUUUUCCUCUCCAUGUUGGCCUUGGCAGAUAUCUUUCUCUCCACAGUCACCACUCCAAAGAUGCUAGCAAUCUUCUGGUUCCAAGCCGGAGGUAUUUCUUUUGGUAGCUGUGUAUCUCAGAUGUUCUUCCUCCACUUCAUCUUUGUGGCAGAGUCUGCCAUAUUGCUGGCCAUGGCAUUUGAUCGUUAUGUAGCCAUCUGCUAUCCAUUAAGAUACACUACUAUUCUAACCCACUCAGUCAUUGGAAAAAUGGGUAUUGCCUCUGUGAGUAGAAGCUUCCUCAUCUGUUUCCCCUUGGUUUUUCUGGUUUAUCGUCUUACUUACUGUGGCAAGAACAUUAUUUGUCACUCAUAUUGUGAACACAUGGGCAUUGCCAGGCUGGCCUGUGAUAGCAUUAAAGUCAACAUUUACUAUGGGGUCAUUGCAGCCCUAUUUUCUACAUGUCUGGAUGUGGUGCUUAUCAUCGUCUCCUAUGCACUUAUACUUUGUGCUGUGUUUAGAAUUCCUUCCCUUGAAGCUCGACUCAAGGCUUUGAGUACUUGUGUCUCCCAUGUCUGUGUCAUCCUUCUCUUCUAUACGCCAGCAUUCUUCUCCUUCUUUGCUCACCGAUUUGGGGGCCGCAACAUACCACUCCACGUACAUAUUCUCCUUGCUAAUCUGUAUGUGGUGGUGCCACCCACUCUCAACCCCAUCAUUUAUGGGGUUAAAAACAAGCAAAUCCAGGAGACAGUUAUCCAGGUCUUUGCUUUCAGAAAGACAUUUUAUUGA